CCGGCCGCAGGGUCCCCUCCGUGCCGGCGCCGCAGCUGCCGGGCCUCUCGAGUCGGUGGACGCGCCCUCCCGCCGGCCUCGCAACCGCCGCACCCCGGCCUCGGCUGCGUCGCGCCAUGGCGGCCCCCGGCGCCCGGCGGUCGCUGCUCCUGUUGCUGCUGGCAGGCCUUGCACAUGGUGCCUCAGCACUGUUUGUGGUGAAAGACAGCAAUGGCACAGCUUGUAUAAUGGCCAACUUCUCUGCCUCCUUCUUCACCAUCUACGAGACUGGACAUGGUUCUCAGAACUCAACCUUUGAACUGCCGUCCUCUGCAAAAGUACUGAAUAGUAACAGUUCUUGUGGUAGAGAAAAUGUUCCUGAACCCAUCCUCACAAUUGGUUUUGGAAGCGGAUAUUUAUUGACACUGAACUUCACAAGAAAUGCAACACGUUACCGUGUCCAGCACAUGUAUUUUGCUUAUAACUUGUCAGACACUCAACAUUUCCAGAAUGCCAGCGACAAGGGGAUCCACUCUGUGGACUCCACAACUGACAUCAAGGCAGACAUCAACAAAACAUACCGGUGUUUAAGUGCUACCCAGGUUCACAUGGGCAAUGUGACCAUCACGCUCAGUGAUGCCACUAUCCAGGCCUACCUGCCCAAUAGCAACUUCAGCAAGGAUGAGACACGCUGCACGCAGGACGGACCUUCCCCGACCACUGUGCCACCACCUAGCCCCUCGCCACCCCUUGUGCCCACAAACCCCACUGUGAUUAAGUACAACGUGACUGGUGAAAACGGAACCUGCCUGCUUGCCUCUAUGGCCCUGCAGCUGAAUAUCACCUACUUGAAGAAGGACAACACGACUGUGACCAGAGCAUUGAACAUCAGCCCAAAUGACACAGCUAGCGGGAGCUGUAAUGUCCAUGUGGUGACCCUGACGGUGGAGAGCAAGAACAGUGCCCUGGAAUUGAAGUUCGGGAUGAAUGGCAGUUCUAGCCUGUUUUUCCUCCAAGAAGUCCGCUUGAACAUGACUCUUCUCGACGCCAUAGAGUCCACACUCACUGCCUCCAACAAUUCACUGAGAGCUCUUCAGGCCACCAUCGGGAACUCCUACAGGUGCAACACUGAGGAGCACAUCUAUGUCACCAAGGAGUUUUCCCUCAAUGUCUUCAGCGUUCAGGUCCAGGCUUUCAAGGUUGAAAGUGACAGGUUUGGGUCUGUGGAAGAGUGUAUGCAGGACGGUAACAACAUGCUGAUCCCCAUUGCUGUGGGUGGUGCCCUGGCAGGGCUUGUCCUCAUCGUCCUCAUCGCCUACCUCAUCGGCAGGAAGAGGAGUCAUGCCGGCUACCAGACCAUCUAGCCGGUGGCAGGUGCGCUGCGCCACAGAUGCCCAGGGGCCUGUUCUUAUGUCCCCGAGCUUAGAUAGGUGUGGAAGGGAGGCACACUUUCUGGCAAACUGUUUUCAAAUCUGCUUUAUCAAAUGUGAAGUUCAUCUUGCAACAUUUACUAUGCACAAAGGAAUAACUAUUGAAAUGACGGUGUUAAUUUUGCUAACUGGGUUAAAUAUUUUGCUAACUGGUUAAAUGUUAAUGUUACCAAAGUAGAGCUCUAAGGAGGACAAGAAGGCUUUCGGAAUCGCACGGCUCCCCCAUUUGACUUUUUAAAGACUUGGUGUUUGGUUUCUUCAUCCUGUUACUCAGAUUUAAGCCUUACGAAGGGAAUCUCUGGCCUGAACACUUGGGCGCGGAAGGGCGGCUGAUCUUUAGGCUGCACUCUGAAGACGCUAGAAGGGAAGAGCAGGGAAGCCCUGCUGCAGAGGCAUGCACAGGGAAACCUCUGGACAGGCUUGGGCUGCCUGGCCUGGGGAUCGGAAUCUGGCAUCUGGCUAGGCACAACCACCAGUGUUUUCUGUGCUCUGCCACCUGUGAGCUGGUACUUUUCUAACUAGAAAAAAGGCAUUAUUUUUAUUUACUUUUUGUAAAGUGAUUUCCAGUCUUCUGUUGGUGUUGAGGGUGGCCCCGUUUCUGCACUGUGUACAAUAAUAGAUUCACACUGCUGACCUGUCCUGCGGCGUAGGUGGGUUGUACACUGAGGACCAGCUCACGUAAUGCAUUGCCUGUAACGAUGCUAAUAAAAAGUCUCCUUCUU